AUUCCACCUAACGAACAAGUCCGUGGUCACGCAGCCAACGGAAAUGCUGCAAUCAUACUGACGAACCACGGGGCCGAACACGGUUCCUUAACCUAGCGACCACUCGAAGCUCUACGCUUCCAGCUUUUGGACCGGAAAGGAAACUUUGGAAGCCCCUUGAUGUUUCCGGUCGGCAGCUAUACCCUUCUCCUAUGGCCGCAAACGUAGAAACUGAAUGGUCCGAAAGCGCAAAUAACUAUCCGCACAACGGCUGAAUCCACUUGCUGGACCCCGAUGACGGCGAUGUUUGGUACUAUGAGUCGCCGGCCACUAGGCGAACAAUCCUCCCCGCCAGGACGAGAAGACGGGCUUUCUUGCGUCGCAUUUUCGACGAUAAAACAUAUGCCGAAGAUGUCCGCGGCGCCUCUCAACCAGCAAAUAGAAGAAUGCACAUGCCCACAACGUCCGGAUGCCCAGACAGCCCCUAGACGAGCUACGGAUGACAUCCACCUCCGCCUCCCCCGCCGUUUCUCCCGACGUAAAACUACUGGAAUUUUUUGGAUGAGCCAAGCGAUAGGUUUUCGGUGGGUGCAUCGCGUGACAAAUCCAUGCAGCGGCUGUGAUCUGAGCCACAGAAAACCGAACAAAAGAUUCCUUGCCAACACACACCAAACCCAGCCCCGCCUAGACCUAACUUACUACUUGACGCUGCUGCUGCUCCUGCUUCGACGCACGACACCGAUACUCUACCUCCUUCGACACUUGACACCUCCUCCCCUUCAAUACCCUGACGAUCUCGACCACCGCGGCAAGGAAUCUUUCCCUUUGAAAGGACCUUCGAGAUCUUACUCUGCUAUACCUCACAUCCCCUUACCGGACGGUACAUCUUCACCCGCUUCCGUCUCUGGAUAAAUACUCCGACUCCGCCACCAUCUUCAGCUAUCUACUCCCCAGCAGCAAAGGAUCUGACCACCACCACCACCAACAACAACAACAGUAACAGAGUGAACAUGUCGGCAGACGAACGGAAAAUCGCUGAGCGGAUGCUCAUGACAGAGCUCAAAGAGCUACAGAAGGAGAACUGGGUCCACGCUGAGCCUAGGGAUGGAAACCUCUUCGUGUGGAACGUGGCGCUGCUGGUUGUGAACCCGACCAGCUUGUACUAUGG